CGUAAGCGAGCCGUGACAUCGCGAACGGUUCGCAGCUUCCGCACCCUUAAUAUUGAGCAUUCGAUAAUUCGCGCUACGCUGGCCAUCGGUUUAGAAACUCGAAUUAAAGAAAGGACACGCUUGAUUAGUUGCAUUGAUUUUGGACUGUGCGUGUUUGUGGUUAAGUGGACUGUGUGUUUCCGCCGCUGCAUUUAGGUCACGGAGCUGGAGUGAAGAGCGAAUUCGAAUCCACAAAUCGUUAUCGAAUAUCCUAAUUAGUAUACGCAAAAAAUUGUGACAUUGAAAAGUUUAGUGGCAAUAUUAAGUGAGGUUAGGAUAUGCGAGUGACUCGUGUAUAACGCUAGGACAACAAGCUAGGACUUGUGGCACGCUAGGAGUGGCACGAUAGGGUUGUGCCCGAGUGACGCGCGAGGGUCGCGGGCUGCGAGGAUACUCUCGAGGGUGGCGCUGCACGGGGGCUGGGGGCGGGCUGCGCCGGCGCCCGCACACGCCGCCACCACGCUGGUGGGCGGGCUGGUGGCGCCGCCGCGGGAACCCACCACGGCGGCAGAGGCCUUCUGGAAAAUGCCACAUAAAGAUGAGCUGAUGCACAGUGCAGCUAUGGGUGGCGGUGCGCUGUUCGGCUGCUCCUCCGCCGGCCACAGCGGCAUCAACCAGCUGGGCGGGGUCUACGUGAACGGCAGACCGCUGCCCGACUCCACGCGGCAGAAGAUCGUCGAGCUGGCGCACUCGGGGGCUCGGCCCUGCGACAUCAGCAGGAUCCUGCAGGUCUCCAACGGCUGCGUGUCUAAGAUACUCGGCAGGUAUUACGAGACGGGGUCGAUCAAGCCACGUGCGAUCGGUGGCUCCAAGCCCAGGGUCGCCACAACGCCAGUGGUCCAGAAGAUAGCUGACUAUAAGCGGGAGUGCCCGUCGAUCUUCGCGUGGGAGAUCAGAGACCGCCUGCUCAGCGAAAACGUGUGCAAUAAUGACAACAUUCCUAGUAUAGGCUGA